CUCAAGAGCAAGAGGCAGAAAUCCUCCUCGCCACGGACGCUGCUGACAUUAAAGGAGCAAGCAGAGUGGAACAGGCACCACGCUGGCCAACUGUCUGUCGCUCCGGUGGCCGAGAUCGUGAAUCAUUUCGCCUCGAGCUUCUCUCAGCUCGGGAAACUGAUUCUGGAGACGGAGCGGUUUGUUUGUCCGAUGGCCUGAGAUUGAUUCUCUGCUGCUUGUUUGUUUUUGUGCCCCGUCUCCCCUGGCUUCCUGACCCUGGGAACGCUGGCCUUUCUUGCACAUCGGGACAACAUUCCAUCGAUCGACUCAAAACAGCAGUACAAACACAGCAAAAGAAUCUGGAAGGAUAUGUUGGCUUCGCAAGCCUCCCCAACCAAGUUUACAGAAAGUCCGUCAAGAGGGGCUUUGAGUUCACCCUGAUGGUCGUGGGUGAGUCGGGGUUGGGUAAGUCCACCCUGAUCAACUCUCUGUUCCUCACAGACCUUUACUCGGCAGAGUACCCUGGACCUUCCCAUCGCAUUAAAAAGACUGUGCAGGUGGAGCAGUCGAAGAUUUUAAUCAAAGAAGGCGGAGUCCAGCUGCUGCUCACGAUAGUUGACACCCCGGGGUUCGGCGACGCCGUCGACAACAGCAACUGCUGGCAGCCGAUCAUCGACCAUAUAGACAGCAAAUUUGAAGACUACCUGAACUCUGAAUCCCGGGUGAACAGACGACUGAUGCCCGACAGCCGAAUUCACUGUUGCCUCUAUUUCAUUGCCCCCUCGGGACACGGGCUGAAGCCCCUCGACAUUGAAUUCAUGAAGCGGUUGCACGAGAAGGUCAACGUCAUCCCUCUGAUCGCCAAAUCGGACACCAUGACCCCCGAGGAAUGCCAACAGUUCAAGAAGCAGAUCAUGAGUGAAAUUCUCGAGCACAAGAUCAAGAUCUACGAGUUCCCGGAGACGGAUGACGAAGAGGAGAACAGGCUGGUGAAGAAGAUAAAGGACAAGCUGCCGCUGGCCAUCGUCGGAAGCAACACCAUCAUCGAGGUGAACGGCAAACGAAUCCGAGGGAGACAAUACCCCUGGGGGGUCGUAGAAGUUGAGAACGGCGACCACUGCGACUUCACCAUCCUCCGAGAUAUGCUGAUCAGGACGCACAUGCAGGACCUCAAGGACGUGACCAACAACGUCCAUUACGAAAACUACCGCAGCAGGAAGCUGGCGGCCGUCACCUACAACGGAGUGGACAACAACAGGGCUAAAGGUCAACUGUGCACCAAGAGUCCCCUGGCCCAGAUGGAGGAGGAAAGGCGAGAGCAUAUCACUAAAAUGAAGAAAAUGGAGAUGGAGAUGGAGCAGGUGUUCGAGAUGAAAGUAAAGGAAAAAGUGCAGAAGCUCAAAGACUCUGAAGCAGAGCUUCAGCGCCGUCACGAACAGAUGAAGAAGAAUUUGGAGGCGCAGCACCGAGAGCUGGAGGAGAAGAGGCGCGUGUUUGAGGAGGAGAGAGCGAACUGGGAGGCGCAGCAGCGCAUGGAGCAGCAGAGGAUGGAGGCCUCCAGAACUCUGGAGAAAAACAAAAAGAAAGGCAAAAUCUUCUAGGAGACGGUCGUCAGGACGACCUCACAACUCCAGUUAUUUCUUCGUUUGCCAAUGUGGCUGGUUCAGGACACCCCAUGUGUGGCACUGACAUCACGCACCACCACCUCCUCUUCCUCCUCCUUUCUCUCUCUCCUUCCCUCCCACCCCUUAUUGUGUCCCCGUUCUGCCACCACAGCUGUGCUCCUGCUCCCAGCCACUAGAGGGGGGUAAUGCGGGUAUGUGAGGAGGUGGAGGGUCCGGUCAGAACUGCCACCACAGAGCCCCCCUCCCCCCUCCCACCGCUGCCUCGGGACAUCAAAGUAUAAAAGAAUAACCCCAUUUCAGAACGGCCACACCCAUAUUAUUAUUAUUAUUGAUGUUAUUAUUAUUGUUGCCCCUACCUGCUGCUCUCUCUGUUUUCUCCUUUGCUUUUUAAUGACUGACGUGUACAGUUUUAUGGAGAGCGCGGAUAAAAGAAAAGGGAAAAAAAACUUGUACAAUCGAGUUCUGGUGAAUUUUAUUUGUUUACGGGGAGAAGAAGAAAAAGUACCGAUAUAUAUAAACGCUGACAUGAUCUUCCUUCAUGUGUUCGAGUAAGAAGAGGACAAGGCAUUAACUCAUCCCUCUUGUUUGGGUUCAAGUGAACUUUUAACCCUCCUGCAAACAAUAAAAUCCACCUUGGGCCUUUUUUAUAGAAUAAAAAAAAAAACACAGCUAAAUCUUUCUUUUUCUCUCUCUCUUUCUCCUGAAAUGUAAUUGCUUUUUCUUCCCUCUGUGUUUAGCUAUUUCCCACUAGCCUUGGACCACCAUUUAUAUAUUGUCUUAAGUGUUAUAUUUCACUUUAGUUUAUUUUUAUAUAUAUAUAUACCGAGCCAGCUGGAGUAAUAACUUCUUUUUGUAUGUUUAGACAAAAAUAAAUCCUCAGACUUGAGAGCAGCGUCCGCCGUUUAACAGAAACUCCCGUUCACGUUAAACAGCGAUCCGUCGAUGCUCUGCGGAAAAUGAAGUCGACGCCGCAGUUGGCUUUGGCUAUGUACUCCACUUCUGUAUUUUUCAUUUUAUUUUUCAUUUGUAUUGUACAAAGUCACUUAAUAAACCUGUGAUGAUA